AUGCAACGAAUCGACCGAUCGGACCCUGCCGACGUAGCCGAGCGAUUGCUCCGCCAGAAUCUGCACAUCUCCGAAAAGCGCAAGCAAGGCUUGAGCGCAGUCACUCUGCGGCUGGCAUCUGGUGAUUUUUUUGGCGGUACGAUUGGGUACAGCAGGCCGCGGCUGGCCAAGUCUGCCAUCCAUCAUCAGCGACUGCCUAUCAUCCCAUCGACGACGCUCCGCUACAUCGAUCGCUCGGAUCUCUCUUGGCCGUCGUCGCGGCAGAUCCGAUACCAACUGCGCAUCUGGAACACUCGACCACCACCUUGCUCCGAAUACACGCAGCGAGAUCCGUUGUAUUUCGGUCAUCGUCCGCACUACUGCGACUCAUCACCACCGCCCGGACCUGCAGUCUUUUGGCGUAGCCGCUUGUUGCGUCUCACUUCGCUCCCGUCUUCACCACUCCCUAUCAUCGGUUCCGUGGCAGGUACCGCCAUGUCCAAGUUCCCCAACCAUGGUCUUUUCACCAGAACCGCUGCAGCUUCCACUCGCUCAUCGAGCCUCAUAGCGCACGCCCGGAGGGGGGCGCCUCGUCGACGCUCGGCCGCACUCGCCCCGAGCAGCUCUCUAUCGCCCUCCACUAGCUCGGCAGCAUCCUCCGUCAGCGCGAUCCACGCGGCUUCCCAAGCCUCAGCUUCUCAGCCGCCGUUCAUCGGCCCCCUUACGCUUGCAGCAUCCCAAAGCGCACAUCCUUCGCAUGCGUCGUCGUCGUCGUCAUCAUCGAGUGAUCUUCGCACCGAGCUAUCCACAUCAUCCGCCCAGUCAUCUCAGCCGAUCGCGUUCGAGCCGCGCUACACUCACGACCUCUACUGCGAUCCCGUCGAGGGUGCUGCGCAUCCGAUCGAUCCUAACCCUCGCACCACGCUGCAUAGCUUCGAUCAGGGCGCGCCUUACACAUCCACGCUCGCACAAAUCGACCUGGCGCUGCGACAGGCAUCCCAGCUCAACAUCACGACUGCACUAUCGCCUUCCUCGGUCGCAUUCUCGGCAGCAGCUCGUCAUCUCUCCAGAGUACACGUUUCGUCCUUCCCGCAUCCUUCGUUGGACCGUAUACCCGCUCACCGAAGCUCAACGCCUUACUCGAUCCCCAACACACGUGCCAUCCAUGUCUUUUAUCCCAACGCCGCCGCCGCCCAUGCCUUGAAUCCCGGCGCCAAUCCGCAUUUCGAAUCGCCAAGCUCUGUCCCAAGUAUCGACGGUCGCGCUCUCAGCAGCAGGCGCACCGCCUCGAAAAGAAGCAAGGACGAAGCACGCAGCGCUUCAGAUUACGUGCCGCUAUGGAACGCUUCAGCAACCACAGCGUCUUCGGCAGCCGCACCGCAGCUCGCUUUCGCAUCUUCAAUGCUGCCGCAUUCGUCCCUCGAGCAGCGCUUCGACGACCUGGCUUUGUUGUCCUCCGAUCAAUCCGACUCGACCCCUUUCGGCUCGGCAGUCUACUCCGUUCCUGUCGCCCUGAUAGCCGGCACCACAUACGAUGAUAUCCGAGCUAGCUCAAGCCUAGCCAAUCCAGCCGCCCUAUCUGCGCAAGGCUCGCCGCCAGGCUCACGCUCAUCCGACUACGCAUCCGAACGCGGCCAAGAUACCCUCUUCGACACGACGCCUCUGCAUCAGAGAGACACGGCUGACUGGGCUCAUUCGGAUCAGAGCAGCUCCACUUGGCACUCUUCGUCUUCCUCGAACGAGUCUUCCGAGUCCUCGUCCAGCUCGUCUUCGUCUUCCUCCUCGAGAUCGCCUACACCCACCAUCUCUGCAAGGCCUCAUCUCACGACGUCCACGGUCCAGCACGACUCUUCCGGCAGCCACAGUAGCGGAUCCAGCACACCCACACAAAACCACAGCCUUUCGGUUCAUCAGCUUGAAAACGCCCUUUUCGGUCCGUAUUCGGUUCUCACUGCUGCAGCUCAUGCCUCCCGCAGCUUCGAACAACGGCGCAGCGCGCUUGGCCCGGCUUCGGACAAUGCCUCCGACGCGGCCGAAUCGGCGCCCUUGUGGACUGGUUCAUUCGCGUCACCCAAGCAUCGCCAGAUGCAUUACGCCUUCGAGCACGGCGCCUAUGGAAUUCCCAAACGUCACCCGUGGGCGGCCGUGCGCGGCAACGGAAAGAGAGCGCAGUCGGCUCCCAAACCCGCUCCGAGGACAGGCGCAGUAGGCAUGCUCGCCGCGGCAGCCGACUUCCUUACCGGAUCGUCAUCGGCUACGGGUCCUCCCGUCACAAAGGAGAAGCUUGGCGGCGAGAGCGUCAUCGCCGAGGACGGUCGGCGCCUCGGCCUCAAUUCCCCCAUUCGCGAGCAUGGUCGCAUCGUCCAAGAUCGACUGCAAUCUGUUCAAGUGGGCGAGGAUGCGUACUUUCUACGUCCCGACUCCAUUGGCGUGGCGGAUGGCGUGGGAGGCUGGGCAUCACGCGCCGGCGCAGAUCCGGCGCUCUUCUCUCGCCUGCUCAUGCACUUUUGCGCCGCCGAGCUGAGCAAGUUUGACGGGCUCAGCGCCGACGAGUUGGCGGCGCAAAACGGCAAGAAGCUUCGCGAGUGGCAAGAUGUCGAUCCAGUCGAGGUGAUGCAUACCGCGUGGGAGCGCUGCGUGCGCGCUUCGCGUCGCGAAGGCAUUCUGGGAUCGUCCACGGCGCUGAUAGCCGUGCUUCGAGGCGAUGAGUUGCGCAUCGCCAACUUGGGCGACUGCGUCCUGCUCAUCAUUCGUGCGGGCGAGUUGCUUUUUCGGUCCACCGAGCAACAGCAUUCGUUCAACUUCCCCGUCCAGCUCGGCAUGAUGGGACAUACGGCCGAGAGCGUCACCAUCGCGGCGAACCGAACUCUGGCGCGCGACGGCUACCUGCAAUCCGGCGCAUCGGACGACCUGGACGACAAUGCGCCAAACCCACUCGGCACCACAACGCCGGCGUCCAUGGACGAAGCACGCAGACAUCGGCCAUCCGGGACCCCUGAAACCGACGAAGGCGACGAGGCCGAAGAGGCCGAGUGGGACGAGCCGCGCCGCGAUGCGGGACGAUGGGCAGUCAAGGUGCAGAAAGGAGACAUCAUCAUCGUAGGCAGCGAUGGUCUCGUCGACAACCUGUUCGACGAGGACAUUGUGGAGGAAGUGCACAAGUUUGCUCCUCCUCCGGCCUCACACGGCACGGAUGUCGAUGCUGGUGUUCCAGCAGCGAACACAGAGGACGAAGCAGAGUACAAGUUGCCGCAUGACUUUAGUCCUCAACUCGUAUCGGAGGCACUGUGCUCGCGCGCCAAGGCUGUCUCGGAAGACUCACGUGCGGUUAGCUCGCCUUUCCAGCAAAGAGCCAUGGAGGAGGGUCUGCAUUACGUCGGCGGAAAGCACGACGACAUCUCGGUGGUGGUCGCCGUGGUCGGUGACCCUUCCGAGCGUCUGACACGAGGCGGCUUCUCGGUACGAUCGGGCCCAGACACGGAGUCGGGUUCAUUCUCCACCGAGUCGCACGGAGCAGGGCAGCUCUCUGCCUGA